GCAUACGACACUCCGGCUCCGCUCUCCCUCCCUCCUCCUUUCAUCCCGUAGAAGGUGUGUGUGACGGAGGGCCGCGGCGACUCCUCCAUAUUUUCCCUCGUGUAGUGACGCCCCGAGGUCCCCGGCGACACAGCGAAGAUGGUGAACCACAGGGUGCAGUUGGUGCAGAGCAAGCGGUACUCCACCCCCAGGAGGCCCUUUGAGAAGCCCCGCCUUGACCAGGAGUUGAAGCUGGUAGGUGAGUAUGGGCUCCGCAACAAGAGGGAGCUGUGGAUCGUCAAGAUGUUCCUCGCCAAGAUCCGUAAAGCCGCCCGGGAGCUGCUGACCCUGGACGAGAAGGAUGCCCGCCGACUCUUCCAAGGCAAUGCUCUGCUGCGUCGUCUGGUGAGGACCGGUGUGCUGGAAGAAGGGCGCAUGAAGCUUGAUUACGUGCUGGGUCUCAAGCCCGAGGACUUCUUGGAGCGCCGUCUGCAGACCCAAGUGUUCAAGCUGGGUCUGGCCAAGUCCAUCCAUCAUGCCCGUGUUCUGAUCAAGCAGGGACAUAUCAGGGUGAGGAAGCAGGUGGUCAAUGUGCCUUCCUUCAUCGUGCGUCUCGACUCCCAGAAGCACAUUGACUUCUCCCUCAAGAGUCCCUUCGGAGGUGGACGUUUCGGCCGCGUCAAGAGGAAGAACAUGCGCAAGGGAGGCAACAAGGCAGAGGACGGCAGCGGCGAGGACGAGUAGACUGCUGGAAUGAAAUAAACCUGUUCGUGGAGA